UUUCAAUCAUUCCUAGGCGUGAGUAAGUCCUCUUUAAUAGGAAUGACGUGUGGUUUGUCCUGCAAUGUACAAAACAUGUGACCCUCAUUAUGAAAUGUAAGGAAAGCGUUUUCAUUGAAUAUGUAAAUUAAGUUGAUUUUACAUACUGCUCGCCUUUUAUCACUGUCAGUUUUAUUUGACAGUUAUAAUCGUGCUGUACAAGAGGUAUAUAAACCUCUUGCACAAUUGUUUAACGUCAGUCGUAAAACAUCGCUUAACUGGAGCUGGUCUCCGGUAAAUAUAUUGCAAUAGUUGUCAUUGAAGUAUUACAACUUCGGAUUUUUAUAAUCAUUAUGAAGCUCUUUUUCUUAGUGGUCGCUUUGUUGGCGUUUCUCGCGACUGGAUACUGUGCAAGUAUUGGUGUUCAUGAGGAUAAGCCAGACAGUGAAGAACUAAAUAAUUCAAAACCUGUAACGGAUGAUAACGAAGAGGGCCAAAAUGAUGAUGACAACAAAGAUGAAGACACAUCAGUGGAAAACAAAAACGAUAGUUUCAAGAGCAGCGAAAAUGAGGAUGACCAGAAAAAAAGCGAAGCUGAUGACAACAUUAGCAAAGAAAAUAACAGCCAAGGUGAUGAAAACAACAGCAAACAAGAUAACAACAAAGCUGGUGACAACAAUAGCAAAGAAAAUAGCAAGCAAUCUGAUGACAUAAACAGCAAAAAGGAUAACAGCCAAGCUGAUGACAACAACAGCAAAGAAGAUAACGGCCAAGCUGAUGACAAUAACAGCAAAGAAGAUUACAGCAAAGCUGAUGACAACAACAUCAACGACGAUAACAACCAAGCUGAUGACAAUAACAAAAGUAAAGAAGAUAACAGCCAAGCUGAUGACAACAAUAGCAAAGAAAAAAGCAAGCAAUCUGAUGACAAUAACAGCAAAGAGGAUAACAGCCAAGCUGAUGACAACAACAGCAAAGAAGAUGACAGCAAACCUGAUGACAACAUAAGUAAGGAAAAUAGAAUACGAUCUGAUGACAAUAACAACAAAGAGAAUAAAAGCCAAGCUGAUGAGAACAAAAGCAAAGAAAAUAACAAACAAUCGGAUGACAACAACAGCAAAGACGAAAACAACAAAGCUGAUGACAAUAACAGCAAAGAAGAUAACAGCCAAGCUGAUGACAACAACAGCAAAGAAAAUAGCAAGCAAUCUAAUGACAAUAACAGCAAAGACGAAAACAGCCAAGCUGAUGACAAUAACAGCAAAGCAGAGAACAGCCAAGCUGAUAUAAAUAAUAGCAAACAAAAUAGCCAGCAAUCUGAUGACAUAAACAGCAAAGAGGAUAACAACAAAGCUAAUGACAACAACAGCAAAGAAGAUAACAGCCAAGCUAAUGACAAUAACAGCAAAGAAAAUAACAGCCAAGCUAAUGACAACAAUAGCAAAGAAAAUAGCAAGCAAUCUGAUGACAGUACCAGCAAAGAGGAUAACAGCCAAGCUGAUGACAAUAACAGCAAAGCGGGGAACAGUCAAGUUGAUGACAACAAUAGCAAAGAAAAAAGCCAGCAAUCUGAUGACAUAAACAGCAAAGAGGAUAACAGUAAAGCUGAUGACAACAACAGCAAAGAAGAUGACAGCAAACCUGAUGACAAUAAUAGCAAAGAAAAUAGCCAGCAAUCUGAUGACAUAAACAGCAAAGAGGAUAACAGCAAAGCGGAUGACAACAACAGCAAAGAAGAUAACAGCCAAGCUAAUGACAACAAUAGCAAAGAAAAUAGCAAGCAAUCUGAUGGCAGUCCCAGCAAAGAGGAUAACAGCCAAGCUGAUGACAAUAACAGCAAAGCAGAGAACGGCCAAGUUGAUGACAAUAAUAGCAAAGAAAGUAGCAAGCAAUCUGAUGACAUAAACAUCAAAGAGGAUAACAGCAAAGCUGAUGACAAUAACAGCAAAGAAGAUAACAGCCAAGCUAAUGACAACAAUAGCAAAGAAAAAAGCCAGCAAUCUGAUGACAUAAACAGCAAAGAGGAUAACAGUGAAGCUGAUGACAACAACAGCAAAGAAGAUGACGGCAAACCUGAAGACAAUAAUAGCAAAGAAAAUAGCCAGCAAUCUGAUGACAUAAACAGCAAAGAGGAUAACAGCAAAGCUGAUGACAAAAACAGCAAAGAGGAUAACAGCCAAGCUGAUGACAAUAAUAGCAAAGAAAGUAGCAAGCAAUCUGAUGACAUAAACAGUAAAGAGGAUAACGGCAAAGCUGAUGACAACAACAGCAAAGAAGAUAACAGCCAAGCUGAUGAUAACAAUAGCAAAGAAAAUAGCAAGCAAUCUGAUAACAGUACCAGCAAAGAGGAUAACAGCCAAGCUGAUGACAAUAACAGCAAAGCAGAGAACAGCCAAGUUGAUGACAGUAAUAGCAAAGAAAAUAGCCAGCAAUCUGAUGACAUAAACAGCAAAGAGGAUAAUAGCAAAGCUGAUGACAACAACAGCAAAGAAGAUAACAGCAAACCUGAAGACAAUAAUAGCAAAGAAAAUAGCCAGCAAUCUAAUGACAUAAACAGCAAAGAGGAUAACAGCAAAGCUGAUGACAACAACAGCAAAGAAGAUAACAGCCAAGCUAAUGACAACAAUAGCAAAGAAAAUAGCAAGCAAUUUGAUGGCAGUACCAGCACAGAGGAUAACAGCCAAGCUGAUGACAAUAACAGCAAAGCAGAGAACGGCCAAGUUGAUGACAAUAAUAGCAAAGAAAAAAGCAAGCAAUUUGAUGACAACAACAGCAAAGAGGAUAACAGCCAAGCUGAUGACAAUAACAAAAGUGAAGAAGAUAACAGCAAGGCUGAUGACAACAAUAGCAAAGAAAAUAACAACGAAUCUGAUGACAUAAACAGCAAAGAAGAAAACAGCCAAGCUGAUGACAAUAACAAAAGUAAAAACGAUAACAGCAAAGCUGAUGACAACAACAGCAAAGAAGAUAAAAACGAGAGCCGAGUUAAUGACAGUAAGGAAGAUGAAAACAUCAGCAACAGUCAAAAAAAUGACAAAAACAGUAAAGACGAUGAAUCAAACGAAAAUUUAUUAAAUGACAACAACAGCAAAGAAGAAAAUGCUAUGAAGAGCAAGCAAGUCGACAACACAAAUGUAGAUGACGAUAGUUCCGAACCGGCCGAUGGUAACGAUGGCUCUGUUGAUACAAUAAGUGGGGAAAUAGGGAACCAUAUAGAUAAACUGGAUUAUUCGGACGAAACAGAAGUAGAUAGAAAAGGAAAAGACCAUCGUAGUGAUGAAGAUUAUGAUUAUGCAUUAGAGGUUAAGGACGUCAAUUCCGUUCAAGUGAUGGAAAGACCUGACUAUGGUGAUUACGAUUACAUGUACUGAAGCGCCAAUGUUUCUUGCCAAAAUCGAGAAAAUCCAACAUUAAUGAAGUCCCAUCCAAUCAACCUAAGGAUAUUAGCGAAAUAGGUCAUAUUAAGGCUGUUUCGUGCAGGGAAGUGAAAUUGGCUGAAAAGUGUCGCUGCGGGCGGCGACACUAAUGCACCAUGACAAGAUUAUGUAUUUCAUCCAAACAAACGAGACAAUCGUAGAGAAGCGUAUGCAAUCCUCAUUCAUUAUCCCACUGUUAGUCAUUCAUUGUGUGUUGUUAAUUUAUUAUGCUGUGAUAUUUAACUGUUUUAUAUCAGACUGUUAUUAAAUUAUUCAUAUACGUGUA